AUGCGUGUUGUUCUUAUUGUUCUAUUUGCAUUGAUUUAUCGAAUUGAUGGUCAUGGUGAACAUGGUAAUGUUGGUAGUCAACCUGCGGGUGGACAACCACCACAUGUUGCACGAAAAAUGGAAGAUUACGUACAUGAUGUCGAGCAUAUUCGACAUGAUUUAGAAGGCCAAAUAAAUAAACCAAAAGAAGAAAUGACACCAGAGCAGCAAAAUUUUUAUUAUUUUAAACUACAUGAUUCGAAUAAUGAUAAUCGUUUAGAUGGUUUAGAAAUUGUAGCUGCUUUUGAUCAUGCACAUCAAGAAGAAAACGCUAAUAAUAAUAAUGAUACAACAGGACAAACUCCUCCACAUCACGAACGACUUCCUGAUGAUGAACUUAUUCGUAUUGUUGAUGAUAUACUAAAAGAAGAAGAUCUCGAUCGUGAUGGUUAUAUUAGUUAUGAAGAAUUUAAACAUGCUAUUGAAGGCAAUUCUAAUGCUCAAGGAUAA